AUGGGAUUAGUUGAAUCGAAAGUUUCUACGUUUGUUUCCUCGAAUUGUACACCUGAAUACAAUAAAUCCGUAGGCGAAGAAUCCCGAGAACUAUUUCUCAAAAAUAGUGAAAUCUGUAAACAAGAAUUAGUCAGCAGAAAAUGCAAUCACAUAUCGAUUGACAAUCAGGGUAAUAAUUCAUUGAAGAAGCAGAUUAUUUUAUGGAAAACUGUCAAUGCUACUAACAAACCAAAUAAAACGUACUAUUUAGUUGAUGAUUCUUUUGACUGUAAACAAGAAUCAUUGCCAUCGUCAUCAUUGACGAACGAUUUGCAAGUUUUUGAUGACACCAGUCAUAGUAAUCAAAUCAAAAAGCAAGUACCUGUUAGUCAAUUGAUCAGGCAGCCGCUAUUGUCUAAAAUUUCACCCAGUACUACUAACAUAUAUAAUAUGGAUUUAAACAAUGGCAAGUGUCAAGUUCUAACAACAAAGUUGACAAAAUCUCUCCACUAUCAACAGACAUUUACAACAAACAGCAUGUAUCCGGAAGCUACCGAUGAAUGGUCAGAUAUGCUCGAAAAGCAUUCACAUCCAUGUCUUACGAAUCGUAUAUGUGUACCACAGUCAAGCAUCGUUUCUUCAGAGAAAACAGGUCUUCUACAAAAAGAUAUGAUUGAAUUUUGA